UGCUCCGAUCUCCUCGGCAACUAGCGCCGCCGCCGAUGAUGAUGAUCCGGGAGAUCUCUUUGUUCUCUGCCAAUACUGAAGACGACACGCCCGAGCGUGCUUGAAGCCGUCUUGAUGCGCGGCGCGAUACGGACUUGGGUCGCAGGAACGUCACACGUCGCGGUGGGUGGGGUGACGUCCGGAGGCCGGCCAUCCACUACCGGCCCCAGCAUGAUGCGGGGGCGGCGGACCGGCGCCAGAGAUAUGACACACGACCGUAGUUGCACGCUGAUAUACAUAGGGCGGAGGAGUGUCGUUCUCACUACCUUUCUAGCCACGACCAGCGACACUCGACACGACCACACGAAAUGAAGACCACCGUCGGCAUCAUCGGCGCGGGCCCCGCAGGCCUGCUCCUCGCGCGCCUCCUUCUUAAGGCUGGCAUCGAGAGCGUCGUCAUCGAGACCAAGGACCGCGAGUACGUCGAGCAGCGGCAACGCGCGGGUAUCCUCGAGCAGGGGUCGGUGGACACGCUGCGCGAGUGCGGCGCCGGCGAGCGCAUGGACAAGGAGGGCAUCCCGCACGACGGGAUUGAGCUCCUCUUCGACGAGAAGCGCUACCCGAUCAACUUCCCAAGCCUGACGGGCGGGCGGCGCGUCAUGAUCUACGCGCAGACCGAGGUCUGCAAGGACCUGAUCGCGCUGCAGCUGAAGGAGGGCGGCCCGCUCUUCUUCGAGACGGCCGUCAAGGAGGUGCGCGACGCCAAGAGCGCAUGCCCCAAGAUCGUGUUCCGGCGCAAGGACGCCACCGAGGACGAGGUGCUCGAGUGCGAGUACGUCGUCGGAUGCGACGGAUACUGGGGCGUGGCCCGCUCCGCCAUCCCGAAGGAGAUUGUGCGCGAGUACGAGAAGACGUACCCCUUCGCAUGGCUCGGCAUCAUGGCUGACGUGGCGCCGUCCAACGACGAGCUCAUCUACGCGCGCCACGAGCGUGGCUUCACGCUCCUCUCGAUGCGCUCGCCCACCGUCUCCCGCAACUACAUCCAGGUGCCGGCGGGCACCGACGUCAAGGAGUGGAGCGACGACGCAAUCUGGGACGAGAUCGAGGCCCGCACAAAGACACACGACGGGUGGAAGGUCCAGCGCGGCCCCAUCUUCCAGAAGAGCGUCACCCCCAUGCGCUCGUACGUCCACGAGCCGAUGCAGUACGGCAACCUGUACCUUGCCGGCGACGCCGCGCACAUCGUGCCCCCCACCGGCGCCAAGGGCCUCAACCUUGCCUUCGGCGACGUGGUCACUUUCGCCCGCGCGCUCAAGCACAAGGUCGACACCGGCAGCGACGAGCUCAUGCAGUCGUACUCGGACACAUGCUUGCGUCGCGUGUGGCAGGCCGAGCGCUUCUCAUACGACAUGACCAACCUCCUCCACACCAGUCCCGACGAGACGCCCUUCGAGCACAAGCUCCAGACCGCCAAGCUCUGGCGCAUGACCUCGCAGCCUUCCGCCGAGACCGACCUCGCACUGGGAUACACCGGGUUCCCGCUGUAGUGGGCAAGAGAGACGACUCAGAGUGGGGGAGCAGCUGAGGAAUGACAUAGGCAACCGCGGCUGUAGGCAUUGUGUAGUGUGACCAUUGUAAAUGCAUGUUGCGAUCGGAU